AUGGGACUACUAGACGUAUAAUAUUAAAAAUAUUUCUUAAAAUUCCAAUAUUCACAAUUCGUAACACAAUUCGCUCUAAUGACUAUGGAUUAUAAAAAGGAAGAAAUAAAAUGUGGAGAAAUAUCUGCUUUAUUAUCUGCAGAAAAUCAAAAAUUUUUUCUGAAUUGUGUAUUUUGUGAAUAUACUUUCCUUCAGUUGGAAAAAUUUAUUCAUCAUAUGUGCGAAGACCAUUUUCCUAAAAUUAAUAAUCAAAAUGCCAAAAAUAUCGACCACCAAGCGUUAACAACAACUAAGGAAAUCGAUGUGUCGGAUGAUAAAAUGGAACUGCAGGAUGAAGAUGAAAAUGAUUGCUAUUUGAAUGGCUUUGAAAGAGUUGAAAUAGAAUUAGAUUCUGAAGAUAUAAGCAAUGAAGUAGAUAAAGAUGCGGCUAUUCCAGAAGAAUAUGGGGACGGAUUCAGUGAUGAUAAUUAUUUUGAGGAAUCCGUAGAUACCGAUUAUUCUAGUAAUACUCCUAAUGACUCAGUAAUUUAUAGAAAUGAGCAGGUGAAUGAACUUAAAAAUUUGUUCCAAACUUCCAAGAUGACAGAUAUAUUUUCAAGUUAUGCAAAACAUCCAGCAUUAUGGGAUAAAAGAAUUAGGCAACCAACAAAAAAAGAGAAAGAGAAUUUAUUAAAAGAUAUAGCCUCAACUGUUGGUAUGCCAGAAGAAUGGAAAAAUAUUCAGAAGUUAGUAGCAAAAUUCCGAUUUAAACUUCAUACUGAGAUUAUUCGAAUGCAAAUUUAUGAAGCCAAAGGUCGGGAAUACACCCCCGCUUGGCUCACAGAUCUCAAAUCCUUUAUAAAACAAAAACCGCGUUUGCAGAAACAAGCGCAAAAGAAACCUGUAGAAAUUAGGAAAACUAUUUCAAACCCGCCCCUAUUAACUGAUGAUCAGUAUAUCGCUUUAGCCAAACUUUAUAAAAAGUUUCCAUGUCUUUGGGAUGAAAAUGACAUUACAUAUAGGUUUAAUAAUCGUCGCAGUGAUGCUUUGGAAUGUAUACAUAAUGAUUUUAAUUUGGAUACUGGAUUAAGUAUGACACAAAAGGAUAUUGAAAGUGAAAUUGCAAAAUUGCGAAAAAUAUGUUCAGACGAAAAGAAACAAAAAUUACGUUGUAAACGAAACAAAAUUGCUUAUAAAUCACCAUACUCUUACUACGAUCACAUUGCUUUCAUUGAAGUAAAUGUGUCGCCCUAUGAAUGCUCAAUAUGUGGAGAAAUACUUUCCAGUUUAGGACAAUAUAAGAUACAUUUAUCAACCCACAAUGGGUCCUUACCAUACAAAUGUCACAUAUGUGGUCACGAAUUUAAGAUUGCCGCUAACUUAACUGUACACUUACGUAGGCACGUACAUGACUACACAUAUAAUUGUGAAAUAUGUAGCAAAUCUUGUGCAACAUCAACAGAUUUAAAAAUACAUAUGCGAUCACACACAGGUGAGAAACCCUACUUUUGUGAUAUAUGUGGCAAGAGUCUACGAACAUCAUCUUUAUUUAGUACGCACAUGCGGCGACAUGAAAACCGACCUCGUUACAAUUGCGAGUAUUGCGACAAACCUUUCUACACAAAGGGUUUAUUAACAGAACACAUGAACGCACAUAUGAAAGUUAAAGACAAAAUAUGUAAUGUGUGCAAUAAAGGAUUUACAACUAGGAAACAAUUACGUCAGCACAAAUAUAUUCAUGAUAAAGAAAAGAGAUUUGUUUGCAAGAUUUGUACGAAACGUUUUGCACAACAUGCAGGUCUUAGCGGACAUAUGAAAUCACAUGGAACAUCGUUAGCAAACUUAAACAAGUCGCUGAUUGACUAGUCCAUAAAUAGUUGAUAAUACUUAAAUAAGAACAACAAUGGAACUGCAUUAAUUAAAUUAUUAAAGUUUCCCUUCAUUCGUUAAAGCUUUUGCUGAAAAGAA